AUAGUCAGUCCGAAUCGGGCGCUCGUUCAGCCGAGAUCUUGCUCGAGCCCAAUUAUUAUUUUAUUUAGUUAACUUAUAUAUAUAUUUAUUUAUAUAAACAAUUUUUAAUAAUAACUAAACUAUUGUUAUUAUUAUUAUCAACAUUGUUAUUGUUAUUAAUUAUAUUGUGAAUUUAUUUUUUUAAGUUAUUAUUUUAGUCAUAUUUAAUAGAUAAACAGAAAAUUUUGUGUUUAUUUAAUAAAAGUUUUGUGCGGUAAUUCAAAAAUUUCAGGUGCCUCGGUGUUUUAUUUUUGGUGUUCCCGUUAGAGCCGGACAUCAGGAAUCAACGAUAAGACAUUGAUAUAAUAAUAAUAAUAAUAAUAAUAAUAAUAAUAAUAAUAAUAACCGGAAGUGUGUAGGCAAGUGUAGCCGCGAUGCGGAGGAUUAAACGACGAAGAGUCGAUGGACGAUACAACGAAUCAAUUGAGAAAUACGUGUGAUAACAAAAAUGACAAUUUCGUGAUCUAAUUAAUCAACAGACUGUAGCGCUAAUAUUUGGAUUACCGGUUGAUUAAACCUGCAGCUAAAAAAUAUCAUUUAAGUUUCUUUAAAAACACGGGAUAAGUGAAGUGGAAGUUGUUUUUUUUUUUCAGUUCUUCUUUUUUUUGUUUUAAUUACCAGAGACAAAAAUAAAUUAUUGUGUUAAGUGUUGAAUCCAAGAAUUAAUUAAAUUUAAUACUGUACAGAUAAUAAUUGAUACUUGGAAUUUUAUUAAACAGAUAAAUAGCUGCCGCUCAUAAGACUGAUUGUUCAACAGAGUUAUAUUAAAAAGAAGGUUGACAACCGUCAAGUAUAGUAGCGGCAAGAUAAUGAGAAGUCUGGAGAGAUUAUCCGGUAGUGAUCAGGAUUGUAUUGAUCAGGAAAUGUAUAUCGACUUGGACGACGUAUCUGUCGACUCAAUAACGGGGAAAAGGGGACGUCACCAUGUUAGUGGCGAAAUGGGGGAGGAGAGUGACAGUAGUGGCAGUGAACCAAGUCCAAAGCAAGCUAAAAGGCGAAAUCGCGGUAGCAGCGGUCCGCCAACAACGAGAAGACGAAAAAGUGGUAUUUCCGCGAGAGAGAGAAACCUCAGACGAUUGGAGAGUAACGAGCGCGAGCGAAUGAGGAUGCAUUCGCUCAACGAUGCCUUCGAGCAAUUGAGAGAAGUAAUACCGCACGUUAAAAUGGAGAGAAAACUAAGCAAAAUAGAAACACUUACGCUCGCUAAAAAUUACAUAAUGGCAUUGACUAAUGUCAUAUGCGAAAUGCGAGGAGAAGAGCAACCUUACACAUUUGUGGACGGGGAGUGUGGAUCAAGCAGCGGUGACAGUACUGGACAGCUUGAAUUGAGUGGCGGAGAACAGCCAGAAGAGGCAUCACCGGGUUCUAUUCAUGAAACUAAUAACAAUAGUCUUCUGCAUGAAGAUCUAGAGCGCAGGAUACCUUAAUACUAAUCAAAAAGAUAUAACUAAAAAUAUUUAAAGAAAAAAGAAAAAUAAAAAAAAAAUAAAUAUGUGUCUAUUUAAAAUAAAUAAUUAUGAAAAGGGAGAGAGAAUGCGAGAGACCAAGUUCGGUUUAAUAAGUGCCGAAUAAUUGCGAUCGAAUUUUAAAUUAUUCAAACUACCAGAUUAGAGUCAACAGCCAAAUUAUAUAUUUAUAAAUGCGAUAAAGUGAGAUAUGAAUUUAAAAUUAAUAAAAUGAAGAGAAAAGAAGCCAACAGAAGGAUGAUAAUAAUAAUAAUAGUAAUGAUAAAAUAUUUUUCACGCCAUUUUUUAUUGAGGCAAAUUUAUAUAUCGAGGAUACACGACGCAAUUAAACCAAUGCUACCGUUUCUGUUUUUAAUGAUCCCGAUGUCGUGAGAGAGUGAUAAAGACUCAAGGUCCAUUCAUUUUUAUUAAAUUUUUAUUUUAUUACUGCAGAAUAAAUAUUUUUUUCUUUUUUUUUUUUAAUUUACUGGAAAUAUUGUUUAGUGAAAAUUUUCCAUGUAAACUGUUUUUUUUUUUUUUUUUUUAAUUUUAAAACACAGGAUCUAGAAACGAGUGGUAGUGGAAUCGGGUUCCGCCUCAAGCGCGAUACUGUGAUAGCAUAAAUGUAUUGUUUCGUUAAUAAAUUCCCUCGCUGACUCAGUCUUUUGAAUCUCGUCCUUAAAUAAGAUCAGCUGGAAUUUAAACGAAUUAAUUUUCGGUUUAAAAAAAAUAUAUAUAUAUAUAUAUAUAUAAUAAAUGAAAAAUGUAAUUGGUGUGCCUUGUGUGUGAUCCUCUGUGAGACUUAAAUAUACAUACAUAAUUUAAUUUCGUUUUCUAUAUAUAAAUAUUUAAGUAUAAUAUAUAUACGUAUACACGUAUAAAAAAAAGAGUUGAGAAAAAAAAAUUAUUCUCACAGUUUUUGGGUUCGUGGCAAUACUCACAAUCGAUCGGUUAUUGUCAAAAAAAAAAAAAAACAAAAAAAAAUAAAAAUAAAAUUUCUCAAUACGGAACUCGACUAUGCUACGCAUUGAGAUGAUAAAAUCACUCGAUUCUUUAAAUAAUUAUAUAUUUUAUAUUUUAUUAUAAUUAUUUAUUAUUUAAAAAUAUAUAUGUUUAAUAUAAAUAAAUAAAUAAACAUUCCAGAGGAA